GGAGGGGGGCAGAAGCAAGAGGACGCGAUCAGAAGGGAUCCCCCAGACCCCGCUCCUGUCUGGGCUUCGGAAGCUGCGCGCAGCGUGCGGGGGCCUCCUUCUCUUGGCCGGCGGGAGGCGGCAGCGCCUGCGAUUCGCAGGCUCGCGAUCCGCAGCCCGCGACUUACCUCCUGGCACCUCAAAGCGCGAGGGUCAGGGGAGAUUUGCAAAUAGCCGGAGGGAGUGGAUGCAAGGAGGUGGCGGUGAGAGGGCGAGAAGAAGAGAAGGGAAAGGAAAGAGUCGAGCCGGGGAGCUGGGUUGGCCGCCGCCGCGCGAGGAAUCUGAGCGUGCAGCCGGCGCGGGGGGAGCGGCGGCCGCCGCGGAGGAGGCGGCGCGGGCGGGCGGGCGGCGGCGCGGACGCCCGAAGCUCGGUGGCUGCGCACGGCGCGGCGCGGCGGUGGCGGGCAGCGUGCGGCUCCGCCGGGCCCGGGGCCGGACCGCCGAGCCCGCCAGACCCCUGCCGAACUCGAACUGGGAGGGGCGCCAGCGCACCCAGGACGCAUACCCCAAGGGACCCCACUCCACGCUGCGAACUGAAGGCCGUCCCCACUUCCCGGGCCAAGCACAUCCCCGCGCUGUGUGCAGGGCCGCCGCGGGCGUCCCACGGCUCCGGCAGGAUCUGCGCCUCCCGGGCUCCAGCCCGAAGCCCGGCUGCACGCGCCACCGCCGCGCGCCCAGACUGACCGGCAGUCGGCCUCGGCGGACUCGGCUUCUCACCUCCCAGCCCCGUCACCUCCAUCCCGCUCCCCGUCUCGCCUCCACCCCCCGGUUUCCUCCUCCUCGCCCCUCGUUUCCACCCUCCCCCCCCGGCCGCCGCGCUAACUUGUGGCUGUGAUGCGUAUUCCCGUAGAUCCGAGCACCAGCCGGCGCUUCAGCCCUCCCUCCAGCAGCCUGCAGCCCGGCAAGAUGAGCGACGUGAGCCCCGCGGCGCCGCAGCAGCAGCAGCAGCAGCAACAGCAGCAGCAGCAGCACCAACAGCAGCAGCAGGAGGCGGCGGCGGCGGCGGCGGCGGCGGCUGUGCCCCGGUUGCGGCCGCCGCACGACAACCGCACCAUGGUGGAGAUCAUCGCCGACCACCCGGCCGAGCUCGUCCGCACCGACAGCCCCAACUUCCUGUGCUCCGUGCUGCCUUCGCACUGGCGCUGCAAUAAGACCCUGCCUGUGGCCUUCAAGGUGGUAGCCCUUGGAGAGGUACCAGAUGGGACUGUGGUUACUGUUAUGGCGGGUAACGAUGAAAAUUAUUCUGCUGAACUCCGAAAUGCCUCUGCUGUUAUGAAAAACCAAGUAGCAAGGUUCAACGAUCUGAGAUUUGUGGGCCGGAGUGGACGAGGCAAGAGUUUCACCUUGACCAUAACUGUCUUCACAAAUCCUCCCCAAGUAGCCACCUAUCACAGAGCUAUUAAAGUUACAGUGGAUGGACCCCGGGAACCCAGAAACCCCAGGCAGGCACAGUCUUCCCCGCCAUGGUCCUAUGACCAGUCUUACCCCUCCUACCUGAGCCAGAUGACAUCCCCGUCCAUUCACUCUACCACCCCGCUGUCUUCCACUCGGGGCACUGGGCUUCCUGCCAUCACCGACGUGCCCAGGCGCAUUUCAGAUGAUGACACUGCCACUUCUGACUUCUGCCUCUGGCCUUCCACUCUCAGUAAGAAGAGCCAGGCAGGUGCUUCAGAACUGGGCCCUUUUUCAGACCCCAGGCAGUUCCCAAGCAUUUCAUCCCUCACUGAGAGCCGCUUCUCCAACCCACGAAUGCACUAUCCAGCCACCUUUACUUACUCCCCGCCAGUCACCUCAGGCAUGUCCCUCGGGAUGUCCGCCACCACUCACUACCACACCUACCUGCCACCACCCUACCCCGGCUCUUCCCAAAGCCAGAGCGGACCCUUCCAGACCAGCAGCACUCCAUAUCUCUACUAUGGCACUUCGUCAGGAUCCUAUCAGUUCCCCAUGGUGCCCGGGGGAGAUCGGUCUCCUUCCAGAAUGCUCCCGCCAUGCACCACCACCUCGAAUGGCAGCACGCUAUUAAAUCCAAAUCUGCCUAACCAGAAUGAUGGCGUUGACGCUGAUGGAAGCCACAGCAGUUCCCCAACUGUUUUGAAUUCUAGUGGCAGAAUGGAUGAAUCUGUUUGGCGACCAUAUUGAAAUUCCUCUGCAGUGGCCCAGCGGUAUCUGGGUGCCACACCCCAAAUGUAUCGAUAUAUACAUAUAUAGAGAGAGUGCUUAUAUAUGUAUAUCAAUUAGCUAUCUACAAAGUGCCUACUUUUUAGAUUUUUUUCAUUCACUCACUCAGUUAUGAUCUUGUGACUGUAAGAGGGUAGAUACUGAGAAAAGCAAAAGGCCCAAGAGAGACAAUCAUAAUCAGGUUUCAGAUUGUUUUCUAUUUAAAAUGCUCUUUUACAAACAACCAACCAAAGGAAAAAAGCUUUUCUGUUGCUUUUGUUGUUUGGUCUGUUGUCAUAAAUAACCUGUUCACAUGCCAGUUCAGAGAGGUGGACUCCAGGCUCAGGAGGAAGAAGAAAGCCGCUUCCUCUCUGUGCUUUGAAACCACACACCCUCGCGGCUGCAGCUGUGUGUGGGCCAGUGCGCUCUGCAGGCCAGCUUACAAAGCCAGUCGAGGUGCACAGAAAGGGAAAAGGGAAUGGAUGCUUCCACUGCCAGUAGGAUCCAUUCGGAGUAACGGUUCCAAACGUUGCUUUCAGACUUGCUCCAAGUACUCAUUUGAACUGUUUGGUUCAGUUUUGUUUUUUCUUUUCUUUUCUACUUUAACAAAGUGACUUCAAAGAUUCAGAUCAGGAUAGAUUAUUUUAUUUUACUUUUUUAUACUUUUUUUUUCCUUUUCCCACUUAACCAAAAAGAAAUUUCAUCCCGAGCCCUCUCUUCCCUUUCUCCUUUAAUACAAAACUGAACAUGGCAAUACCUUAUUAAAGCCAUAAUGGUAUAGAUAGUGUUUGCGUUUGGCUGUGUGUUAUUUUUCCUUUUUUUUUAAGUUAUGAAUAAAUGUGUAAAAUCUGAGGUAACUUGCUAACGUGAAUGGUCAUAUAACUUUAAAGAUAUAUUUAUAAUUAUUUAAUGACAUUUGGACCCUUGAAACAUUUCUUAGUGUAUUGAUAUGUUGACUUCGGUCUCUAAAAGUGCUCUUUAUUAAGUAACAAAUUUCUUCAGUGGGCUAGAGCCAUAUCUGAAAUAUUGCUAAGCAAUUUCAGUUCAUCCAGGCACAAUGUGAUUUUUAAAAAUACUUCCAUCUCCAAAUGUUUUAGAUGUAGCUUUUUUUUUGUGAUGUAUGAAGGAAAUGUUAUGUUUAGUUCUUUGAGAUCUUUGAUUGCCUCUAACACAGCUUUGCCUUUUAAAGCAAUAAUUAGGGAUUUUAAAAACAACUCUUAACCCUUUAUCACUCAUGUUGCCCUUUGUCAGCAUGAAAUGCUGGAGUAAUGUGGAUCCCUAAUUUCUUUCAAAUAAUGAUGACUCUUGUCAUAUUAAAAAGACAAGCACAAGUGAAUCCUUGAGCUGCAGAAAAAUGUUCUGUGGUUUCGUAGUUAAAGCAAAACUCUAAAUCGCCAGGCUUCACAGUGAAGGACAUAGUCAGCUUAAAGCCACAUGCAUGGCUAAAGGAUCAAUCAUGAUUCACAUAGUACAGGAAAGGCAAAUUGCACCAGGGAUUCUUAAGCAACCGCCUUACCAAACAGUAAAUCAGGGGAACCCAAAUCUGCCUUAACCAAGGCCCCACUGGCAGCUCUCCACAGAAUUUGCAUUUAAAGGAGCAGAAUUAAGUCAUUGUCUUCUGGGAGCAGGGUCACCUGAAGCAAGUAGCAGGCAGAUAGAUGAUCUGGGAGAAUAUACAGCCCGUGGGGACCCAUAUACAACCUUUGACAUUCAUAUUUCUCAUAAUGAAGGUUUGGCAAGGCUAUGUAGAGUUUGGUGUCUACUACUGUGUAUGGAUUUGAGCUAAAGUCCUCCGAUAGGAUGCACUUUGACCACUUCUGGUGGCCACGUGGCAAAUUCUGAAGUGUGAAUCCUUAAUUCAAACCAGGAUCAAUGAAUGACACCACCAGGCUAAUCCCCACCCUUCUUCCCGACAGGACAGAGCCCCUUCAUUUGAAUUCUGUGUCUCCCUAAACAGACCUCUGUAGAGAUGUACCUCCAGGCCCCAGAGGCCUCUUGCUCUCUAGCCAUUCCCAAGCCCACCAAGCACUGUAGGACAGCUUUUGUGGCAGCUGGACCUGUGCUUCUUGCCUUGAGCCUCCUUUGGAAAUCAUCCUGACUCCUAAUAAAAAUCCAGAGAAAACAAAACAAAACACUUUGCCUUCUAAAGGUUGUAUACCAAGUAUGCUUAGAUAAAUAAGCCACUUUUCUAUUACUUAAGAUGGAAGUAGUAGUUGAUACUAUUUAUUGUUUGUGUGUGGUAGCUUGAAGCAUGCCACUGUCCAUUUAUUUGUAAGUGUAAAAUAUGUGUGUUUGUUUCAGCAGCACUUAAAAAAGCCAGUGUCUGGUUACACAUUUCAAUUUUAAUUAAUUGACAUAAAAAUGUUACCGCCAGUGCCAGCUGUACCCUAUUUAAUAAAAAAAGGUACUAUAUUUGUACAUUAUUUUUUAAUGUUAAAAGGGCUUUUUUAAGUUUACAGUACACAUACUAAGUGACUUUAAGGAUGCUUUUGUGUUGAAAUGUUAUUAUAGUGGCUGCAGGCAGCAACCCAGAAACACUUUAAACAUUUUUCUCCUUGGGAAAAACUCAAGCGCUUCUUCCUUCCCCCCUCGCUCCAACCAUUCCAAUGGUGUAAUUCACGGUUCUUAGAUUAAAUUCUGCUCUUUCUGGCCUGGGGGUUAAAUUUUUCUUUUCUUUUCUUUUAACUGAACCCUUAAUUUGCACUGGGUUAUGUGUAUGAUUUGUGAUUUCAAGACCAAAGUGAAGCCUUAUUACCGCCAUGAACCAUGUCCCAGCCAACACUCUAUCUCCGUCAGGUUGAAACAGCAUGGUUCUUUAUGUAGCAUACACGUUGCUGGAGUUUACAGUGUGACCAACACAGCCACUUUUUUUUUUUUUUUUUAAUCUCUUUCAGUUGUCUCACAAAUUUUAACCUAUGUCAGAGAUCCAGAAUAGGUACCACAGCUCUGGGUUUAGUCUAGUGAAAUGACAUCCGGCCUGAAACUCAGAGACUCAAUAGAUUGGCUGUUGUUUGCUCAUUAAACUGUCUUACCCCACCAAGGCCUUUUAAAAACUAGCAGAGAAAUCCACCCCAUUAGGGAACAUCCAUUGCAAAUUCAGAGAGGAGAUGUGUGUGCUGGCUUAAACAGUUCCCUUCAUGCCUAGGCGAGGGACUGACUCAGAGUCUAGGUUAAUACAUGGAAACACAAAGCAUUAGCAAAAAAAAUAAUUUUAUCUACGCUAUUUGAAAGAAUAAGAAUAAAUAAAAUAUGACUCUUCCACCUCUUGAAUUUGUUGUUAAAAAGAUAAUGCAUUUAAAAAAUAUUUUCUAUGUGAGAAUUUUUUAGAUGUUUGUUUACUUCAUGUUUACAAAUAACUGUUUGCUUUUUAAUGCAGUACUUUGAAAUAUAUCAGCCAAAAACCAUAAUUUACAGUAAUUUCUUAGGUAUUCUGAAUAAAAUUCCAUUUUUUUGGAUAUGCUUUACCAUUCUUAGAUUUCUGUGGAACAAAAAUGUUUGUAGCAUUUUGUGUAAAUACAAGCUUUCAUUUUUAUUUUUUCCAAUUGCUGUUGCCCAAGAUUUGCUUUCAUGCACAUAUUGUACAAAUUCCGCUUUGUGCCACAGGUCGUGAUUGUGGAUGAGUUUACUCUUAACUUCAAAGGGACUAUUUGUAUUGUAUGUUGCAACUGUAAAUCAAAUUAUUUGAUAUUUUUCUCAUGAUUGUAAUAUUAAUUUGAAGUUUGAAUUUAAUUUUCAAUAAAAUGGCUUUUUUGGUUUUGU